CUACCUUAAAAGAGACCGUUGAUUCAAGAUGCCUUCCAACAGGAUAUAGUGCUAAUAUAGUCCCAUUACUAGAUUCUUGUGAUCAUUGCCAUAAAAAACUUGAUGAAGGCGAAGUAUUAAUCUGUGGGCAUAGUUAUCAUUUUGAAUGUUAUCAAAUAAUAGAAUAUGGAUGUCGACAUUGUGAGGAAUAUUAUAAACGUGAAAUUUAUAGUAAUAUGAAUUCUUUUUUAGAUCGAUUAGAAAAAGGAGUCAAGAAGUGUAUACAGAAUUUAUUAAUUCACUUAGUCACGUUAAUACUUG